AUGAUCUACCGAACACGGUUUCUGUUGGCGGCGGAGUUCAAACAAAAGUCUCGCUGGUCAAGUGUAUGGCCUAAUAUGCGUUAUGGCGCUAUGUACCUCAACUACAGCGUUGGUAGACAGUUGCCGAUGAAAGGGGUCAACUGGGUUACGCGGGACUCUAAUCGCUUAUUGAAUUUCUCUAAUCGAUAUAGCUCAGUUAUUGCUGAUAUUGAUGUGAAAAAGACAGAAGAAGAACUUGGUGUUAAUCUUUCUGAUAUUCGCUGGAAUGAUCACCGUCGUAUCUACUGGAAAUGCUCUUUUUGUGGUUCUUCCUACCGUAAAAGUGUUUCUGUCCGUACGAAGUUUCAUGCAGGAUGUAACUUUUGUAAAGGUAGGUAUCCUUCUGAGGUACUUCGCGAGCAGCACGCAAGUCCUUCAUUAACAGAGUCCGCAGCAGAGUUAUUACCACAACUUGUAGAUAAUGAAAAGAAAGAGAAUUUAGCAACAUUAGCCCAUACUAGUAAAUUUCGAGCAGAAUGGAAGUGUCAAAAUUGUGGUGAGGCAUAUCGUUCAACUAUUCGAAGCCGCACCGGUAAAGUGGAAGAAGGACAAUGUCCAUUACAUCCGGAUAUUGUUUCUUGGUCAGCUUACUGUCCUUCAUGUUCGUGGAAGCCAAAUAUGGUUUCCAUUGCAGAUGAGGUGCAUCGCAGUGGUCAGUUCCUCGGAUUACAGGUGCCAGAGAGUACAAAACAACAACAACAGCAGCAACAAAAACCUAUUCCACGCAGGAAAAAACUUGUUUCAUAA